ACUAAAAAAGUUAGAGGGAAGAAUUAUAAGCAUUUAAAAGUUUGAGUUGUUUAUUUAUAUUUAUUUAUGUGUAUUCCAGUGAUAUGAUAAAUACAUAUGACAUAAUCUCGUUAAUCUAAAUAAAUACUUUAAAUCCAUAUAAUUAUGUUUUUAAUACUAAAAUAAACCAUGACAUGAAAUUUCAAUAAAUCAUGAACAAAACAUUCAACAACAAUAUUGAAAAUGGUUUCGACGACGAUGAAAUAUUUGAUGAUUCCGCAAUUCUCGCUAACUUUGAUAAUUCGGCUUUUAAAGAUGAAACAUUUCGUGAUAAAAAUUCGAACAAAAGUUCGCUUAACAUAAGUGCUCUAUGUUGUGAUGAAGAGAUAAGUGGCUAUGACAGGUUAACGGGCAAAACAUGGGUUUAUCCUACAAACUAUCCAGUAAGGGAUUACCAGUUCAACAUCAUAAGAGCUUCUAUUUUAAAAAACACUCUGGUAAGCCUCCCAACAGGUCUUGGAAAGACCUUCAUAGCAGCAGUUAUAAUGUACAACUUUUAUAGAUGGUAUCCACUGGGCAAGAUUGUAUUCACAGCACCUACGAGACCCCUUGUUGCCCAACAGAUAGAGGCCUGUUACAAUAUCGUAGCCUUACCCCCUAAAGACACUAUAGAAAUGACAGGGCACAUGCAUGUGAAUACCAGAAAACAGCAUUGGAAAUCCAAAAGAGUAUUUUUUGCAACUCCACAAGUAAUAUAUAAUGAUAUGAAAUCCGGCAUUUGUCCCGGUGAUAAAAUUCGUUGUCUGGUAAUUGACGAGGCACAUAGAGCAAGAGGCAAUUAUGCAUAUUGUCAAAUAAUUUCUACUUUAAAUGAUAUGGGUCAUAAGACUUAUAGGAUACUUGCACUGUCCGCAACUCCUGGGAGUAAAGUGGAGGAUGUUAUUAAUGUAGUGAAGAACUUAAAUAUUGCACAUCUGGAACUGAGAAGUGAAAACUGUAUUGAUGUAGCACCAUACAGUCACUCAAGGAAAAUUAACACAGUCAUUAUUCAGCUGGGACCUGAAUUAACACAGUUACGCCAACGCUAUGUUGAAAUUUUAGAUAGUUACGCAAGAAGACUGAAGCAGUUUAAUAUAUUGCCACAAAAUUUAGGAAACUUAUCCAAAGGACGAAUUGUUAUGCUCUAUAAAGAAUUCCAAACUAAGGAGAGGGGAGCCAGACACCCGCAACACAACAUCAUAAUGAAAGACUUCACGCUUCUAAUCGCUCUGUAUCAUGGCCUGGAACUCCUGAUAAAACAUGGAUCUAGGGUAUUUUUAAAUUUCUUUGAUGAACACCCUGAAAAAUCUUGGAUUCAGUCUGAUGAUGCACUCACAGCACUCUUGGAGAGAUUGAGGGAUGACCUAGGUAUUAAUCCUUUGUCCUUGGACAGAAGCAUGUUACCUGAUGGAACAGUGCCUGAGAUGCCAAAAAAUUUAUGCUUCGGUCAUCCAAAGUUUCAUAAACUGAAGGAGAUCAUGAUGGACCAUUUUCAAAAAGCAAAGGAGAAGGGACAAGACACGCGUGCCAUAGUAUUUUGUGAGUACCGCGAAAGUGUGAAUCUGGUACAUUGCCUGCUCCUGCAGUGUCGGCCGCUCAUCGUGCCGCAGAUGUUCGUGGGACAGGGCGCGUCCGGCAAGGAGGGCAGAGCGGUGAGCUCGCAAAAGCAGCAGCUGCGCGUGAUGCGCGCGUUCCGCUCGGGCGGCUGCAACGCGCUGGUGUGCACGUGCGUCGCGGAGGAGGGGCUCGACGUGGGCGGCGUCGACCUCAUCCUCUGCUUCGAUGUAUCUACUCGCUCGCCUGUGCGCCUGGUACAGCGAUGCGGACGUACGGGUCGAGAGCGUGGUGGCCAAGUGCAUAUAUUAGUUACAGAGGGCAGGGAGCAUCAGACUCUAAUAGACUGCAUGCGGCAGAGGGACGGGUUAAACGACAAAAUAUUGCAGUCCAAAGAAGUCGAGAGCAAUUUGUACAAAGCGAACCCGCGCAUGAUCCCACACGACUUCAUGCCGGAGUGUCACAAGAUGCACAUCACGGUUGCUAAGAAAAAUGGCGGGAAAGAUAAGGAUGCAGAUGGUGCUAAAAAGGGACAAAAAGACAUAAAAAGUAUGCUGUGUGGUAGAACAUCAACAAGCAAUUCCAGUAGUUCUUGUGUAAGGCAAGCAGAAACUAAUGAAUUAAUUACAGAAGAAGAGUUUAAUACAGUAUUUCCUGAAGGAUUUUCUAUAGUUGAGAGAUUGCAGCCAGCGACGGAACUUUGGUCUGCAAAUAAAGAAUCUAUCAUGGAUGUAAGUAACGGAGAGAACAAAUAUAUCAAGUUAUCAACAUGGCUUGAAUGGCAGAGGACCUCACAGCAGACGGUCAAUAUUUCACACUCUGUGGAUACUGAUAUAUUGACGUCGUUGUUGCAAUGUAGCGACGCUAAACGAUUUGAUGCACCGCCUUCUACACAAAAUCCUACAUUCAAUACCCAGGACUUCGCAACUCAGAAUAUAGUCAAAGUUGCAUCCUCCCCUGUAAAACAAAAACAAACUAAAAGGAAAGUUAAAGUCCCUCUAAAUAAAUCACCAAACAAAAGAGAUGGCGACAUCCGAGCUCUGUUCAGUACAGCUACGAAGUCUACUAAAAACUAUACGAAACUAUUAAAUGAUUUGGGCGUACAAAAUGAUGGUAAAGUGCCCACUAGUUUAAUAAACUUACUGGUUGAUCUUAAUUUAGAAAUCACUAACAGUGAUAAAAAAUGUUUUAUAUGUUCUCACAUAUGUGACUGUAAAGUUUUGAGAAGGACACAAAGGAAAAGUAUACCUCCUAUUAUAUUACUUAGUAAUCAACCUCUUAAUUUACCCGAUCUUUCACUUAUUGAUGAAAUAAAUAUAGAUUCUAUACUCAAAUGCGCUAAACGAUGUAUAAAAGACAUCAGUAAAAAACAAAAUGAAAGUAUUAAAAACAUUUCCAUCGGAGACCAUUCUAAAAAUUUUGAUCUAGAGUUUGAUUUUAAUUUGUCGAAUUCUCCAGUUGAAGAGAAAGAAGUUGUUACUAAUGAUAAAGCAGACAACAACUUCGAUAUCGGUGAUAUUGAAGAUAUAUUCGAAAAUAGCAGUCCCGAUGAAGGAAAAGUUGAGGUUAAAAGUGAUUUAAAAGCUGAGGACCCUAAAAAUACGCUCGGUUUCUUUGGUUUGGAUAGCAUCGAUGACAUUUUUGCUGAUUCAGACGAUGACGCCAUGGCGAAUAUUGACAUUGAUAAAAACAUUUCUAAUUGUAAUAAUGAUGAAAUCAAACUGGAUAGUGAAGAAGAUGUUAUUGCUAGUGAUACGAAUGUACCCAAACCUAUAAAUGACAAAGGAAAUCAAGAAUAUAACGUUAAAAGUCCGUCCAUAUUGUCUGGUAGAUUAAAAAAUGACAAUAUACCGACAUCUCCAAUACUUUGCAGUCAAGCACGAAAAUUCCAACUUAGCACUAAGAAAAAACAAUUAAAUAGUUCUACUCCUGUAAGCAAUGCUAAAAAGAAAUUAAUACUUGAAGAUGAGUCAAAUAAUACUGAUUUAUGUGUUCGAAACGAAGGUUCAUCGAAAUCCAAUUUAAUUCAGAAUGUAACUGGAGAUACAAGCAAUAACAAAAGCAUGUUAACAAUAACUCAGCUAGUUGAAAUGAUUAAUAGUAGUAGAAAUAAUAAUUCCAUUCUCAAAAGAACUCACUUAGCUUCAGAGUCUAAUAAAGAAAUCGAUGACAGAAGUUCUUCGCCUAUUCUUAUGACACAACAAGAUAUAAGUAAAUUAACAAAUAAUAGUAAACGUAGUAGAAAUAAUAAAACACAAAAUACAAAACAUGAGAGUCUUAUUAUUUUAGAUAGCGAUAGUGAUUCCGAUGAUGUUACACAAGAGUACAGUCUAAAUAAUUUUAAAGAUAAAUCAAUCAAUUUGAAACCUAACAUUAGUCCUAUAAUUAGUAAAACGACGGUAGAUAUGUACAACGAUAAUAAGACAUCAUUUUGUAACAAAACUUCAAAAGAUGAAAUAGAAAUUGAAUUAAAUAAAUCCCGUAAUUUGUCUCCAAUCAAUAACGAACAAAACACGAGUCCGAAAACUGUUAAAAGAAAAUUUGAAGAUGACGAUAACGAAAUUAUAGCCUCACCGUAUUUUAAUAAUAAUAAAAAACAGAAAUUAGAUGCAACUAACGCCAAGUCAUUGAGCUUACGUGAGAAAGUUUUAGCUGCAUUGUCAUCGAAUAAAUUCGAUAUAAACACAGAACAUGACAGUAAUGUAAAUUUCGUUGUCCAUUCACCGAAAUUUUUGUCUCAAAAGGAGAAUAAGAAUCCCAAUUACGAAGAUAAAAAUCACAUUAAUAGUAAUGAGAAAAAGAGCGUUACUAAGAAUCUGGAAAUUCUACAACAAUUUCGAAAGGACAGUAAGCUUGUACCUCGAAAAAUUAACUUCAUGAAUAAUAUAUGUAAUAGAAAUAAUGGAAGCCUCGAAGACAGCGAUGACGAUUUCGUUGGUAACGACUUCAGAAGUCAGAAAAGUGCUCUCAUCAAGACCAAUACGCAGACAUCAAAUUAUAAAGUACGCAAAAAGAAUCGUAAAGCCAACGAGUUCUUAGAUCUAGAAGCGGAAGUAUCGGGCGAAGAGAGCGAUUCCGCAUCAGACAGUAGUGUGGGCAGCUUGGAACAUUUCCUGUGUGAGGAUGAAGAAUCCGGUGUUGAUAUGUUGCCGCAUUACUUGCAGUCUGUCAAAAGCCCAGUCAAAGGUGUCUUCAAGAUACCCGCAUUGCCGAAGAAAUUCAACAAUGAGGAGAUUUUUUCGCAAUUUGUUGAAGAGGACUCAUAUGAAAUGGAUAGCUUCUGUGUGGACUCCCACAUCGGUUUAACGCAAGCCAACGACAUGUCAGAAUUGGAAGUGGCAGAAAUGCUUCUAGAAGAAAAAAGACGGAAAAGAAAAGCGCCCAAAAAGAAUAUUAUAAACGAUACAAAUAAUGGGGAAAGCCCACUAGUUAGAAAGAAGUUCAGAAAAGUUCAAAGAUUAGACAGUGAUUCAGACGAUAGUUCUUAGGAUUCAAUAUUUAUAUGCUUUUAUAAUUAUAUAAAAAAGAACUUGGUUGUCAAUGUUAUAAAUUAUAUUAUUAAAUUAUUAUUUAUAAUUAAUGCUCGUAAAUUAUUCCAACAUGUUUGGAUAUCUCUGUGAUAAUUUGUAUUAUAAGUGCCGUGUAUAUAAAAGAAUAUUGCU